AAAAGCUCUGUCUGCGCUAAUUCACUGCCGCCCCUCGGGGUCGUGGCAGGGCCCUUCUGGGGAUUUCAAACCAGGGCAGAGCCGGGAAGUAGACGAUCACAGAGAGCGACUUAUUACUGUAAGUCGGGCAUGGAAGUUGAGAGCCAAAGAGGGGAGGGGAAAGCGUUGUGGGCAAAGGGCUGGAAAGAGCUACCAGCCGGAACAGGGCCGGAACUUGUAGGCUUUGUAGAAUAUUGUACUUUAUUCUAAGAACAGUGGCAAGCCCUGAGGAGUUAACUCGUUAAUUUAAAAUUUUAAGAUUUGUAUUUCAAAAAAAGCUCGGUUGUAGUGAGUGAAGUGGGAGGAGCCAGAGCGAAGACGAGUUGUGUGCGGGUGGGGCAGGCAAGGUGGCAGCAGGGGUGGAGAGGGAUUCAGGACAUGUUUUGGAGACGGUGUGGGGCGCGGAGGGCUGUGAGGCCGUGGUGGGAGGGAGGAAAGAAGUGUUGGGGAUGACUGCUGUGUGUCUGGCAUGAGGAACUCGGAGGCUAGAGAUGCCGUUUGUCAAAAUGGAGAAUGGAGGAGGGGCAGGCAAGGUUUGAGAUGCUUGAGGGAUGUGCAGGAGGGACACUUGCAAUCCUGAGGCCGAGCUCGGAGAGGGGCUGAGCUAGGCAUUUGAGAGUCAUGGAUGUCAGGAUGGCAUUCCAUGCUCUCCACCUGGGUUUCAUCAAGGUACUCGGACACUGGAGUGAGGUAUGAGCUUGUGAAGAGAGUUCCGGACCCUGGGUGGGCUGGGGGCCAAGUGCAGGGGGUGCUGGGGGACCUACUGGUGUGUCAUAUGUCUUUCUUUGCUCAGACCUUGUGCUUUCUUCCAGAUCCUGCCCACCAUGGCCAGGCGCCCACGGAGCAGCAGAGCAUGGCAUUUUGUCCUGAGUGCAGCUCGCCGAGAUGCGGAUGCCCGGGCCGUGGCUCUGGCAGGGUCCACCAACUGGGGCUACGACUCUGAUGGGCAGCACAGCGACUCAGAUUCCGACCCCGAGUAUGCAUCUCUGCCGUCAUCCAUCCCCAGCGCCGUGCCUGUGACUGGGGAGUCCUUCUGCGACUGUGACAGUCAGAGUGAGGCCUUCUGCGGCAGUCUGCACGCCGCCCACCGGGGCAGGGACUGCCGCUGCGGGGAGGAGGACGAGUAUUUUGACUGGGUCUGGGAUGACCUGAAUAAGUCCUCGGCCACCCUGCUGAGCUGUGACAACCGGAAGGUCAACUUCCACAUGGAAUACAGCUGUGGCACAGCGGCCAUCCGGGGUACAAAGGAGCUGGGGGAGGGCCAGCACUUCUGGGAGAUCAAGAUGACCUCGCCCGUCUAUGGCACUGACAUGAUGGUGGGCAUCGGGACAUCGGACGUGGACCUGGACAAGUACCACCACACGUUCUGCAGCCUGCUCGGCCGGGACGAGGACAGCUGGGGCCUCUCCUACACGGGAGUGGCAGCCACCAAGCUGCAGAACAAGAGGUUCUACCCAAUGGUGUGCUCCACGGCGGCCAAGAGCAGCAUGAAGGUGAUCCGCUCCUGUGCCAGCAUCACCUCCCUGCAAUACCUGUGCUGCUACCGCCUGCGCCAGCUGCGGCCUGACUCUGGGGACACGCUCGAGGGCCUGCCCCUGCCGCCCGGCCUCAAGCAGGUGCUGCACCACAAGCUGGGCUGGGUCCUGAGCAUGAGCUGCGGCCACCGCAAGCCCCCCACACCCUCGCCCAUGGCCAAUCCCAGCAGCCCUGAGACCCGGCGCUGCCAGAGGAAGCGCUGCCGAAGGACCUAGCUUGUUUCCCAGUGAAAACUGCCUUCUACAGCUGGGAUGGCGUUUUCUCUGUUUCUCCCUUUGGACCACCCCCAGGGCAACAGGAGAGGGAGGACUGAACCAAGGUUUGUCUCGGCUGCCCCCCUGCCACCCGAGGCUGGGAGAGGCCUUGCUACAGGGGCUCCGGGGCCAUUAUCCCUGUGAUCCGGAGACCCGGACUUCCUAGUCUGUCUGCUUCCUGUGCCGGGUGUGGGAGCAGCCACUUUCCUUCUCAGAGUCUCUGGGGAGCUGCUGCCCCAGCAUGUCUGGACUCAGGCUGCAGGCCUGGGAGGCUGGUCUGCUGCCUGUGAGGAGGACGGCUUCGUGAGAGGUCGGCUCUUCCUGCUGUCGCCGCCGGCCUUGGGUUUUUCUUAACUUGCUUUGCAUGUUGUCAGCUGCUGUUCCUCUCGUCUGAGGCUGAAAACGACCGUAAUAAACUUAAGAGUUUAUGUCUGA